GAAAUAAGUAGCAUGCAAGAGCUAGUCUCCAGUAGCUAGUCAGACCCUAAUAGAAUGAAGAUAGUCGUUCCUUAUAAGCAAGAGCCCAUUUUCAAUUUGGUCGGGCGCAAUCGUCGCACGAAUAUUAGCAGCCUGAGUUGAUCCAAACGACCAUGUCAGCUUCCCGCUCACUACCUACACCCAGCCUACCACCUACAGCACGUUACCGUUCCCGUCCGACGCAUGGCCUUGCUACAUCGCGGACACCAGCGCCUCGACGCACCUCUGUUUCGGGGCUCGCUGCUACCGGACAGAAAGCUCAACGUACCUCCAAGACCACACAGAAGCUUGUCCUUCUACCCUCCGCACCACAAACAAAGCCUUUGCGAAUAGGUGUCUCCGAUGAUAUCCUCGGCUACGAGACCGAUGCUGGUGUUGUUCGCGAAUACAAGUCAGCUGGCGAGCGCAUGAGCAAGGAGCAGAGGAAGCGAGCAGGAUAUAAGAGAAUCACAGCGUAUUGUAUUGCAGAAGAACUAAGGAUGAAAUUGCUUGCGAGCCUUUUGAAGAGAGAGCACAAUGUCAUGCCCAGGGUAUUUGACGAGGCGAUGUAUGUUAUGUACCACCUUCCGCUCCUUCCUGGGUACGGGCCUAAUACCAGCGUCCGUUCCUCCGCUGCGCCUGUCACGGAGGCCAAGUCUCUCCAGAAGCGUCUCGCUGAAGCUGAAGAAAAUGGUUAUCAGGGGUCAUACUUUAUCCCUCAGGAAGACGUACCACGGACUUCGGAUGGUUACAUGACGUCUGGAUCCCAUGCAGAAUCUCACCGGCCCCCGCCGCGUCCUGAACUGGAAUCUGAAGCUGAAGCGGAGUACGUAGACGAGGGCGAGGGUGGACAUUAUGGUGCGAGCGAGAGGAGUCAGGAAACGAGGGAGAGGGAAGAGCACGAGAGACAUGAGCAGGUCGAGGUUAAAGAAGAAGACCGUAUCGCGGAAGUUGUCUUCUUUGCAUAUGGUGUCGCUGUCUUCUUUGGACUCGACGAGGGGCAAGAACGUGCCAUCGUUGAGGACAUCAGGAACGCAGGUAUUUUGAAACGACCGAUGCGAGAAGACGACUGGGAGAUCGAGGAAUGUCAUUUUGCGCAUGAUCCAACAAUUUCAUACCCACGCAUAUAUCAUGAUUUCUUUACGUUCAAGUCUCACUCCCAUCUGCUCAAAUUGUCUGUUGCGCAUGCCCUCGCACAGUCCACGCUCCUCGCACACUAUGAGUCUGUCGCCACUUCUGUGCUUUCCUCCCCCAGCACCGUCUCAAUACCACGUCAGCUCGCAUCCUCCGGCGCCCUCAACCUCAAACGCCGUGAUGCGAUGAGGCUCACGGGCAAGCUGUUCAAGCUCAGACGGGAUGUCAAUCUCGUAAGCAAUGUCUUGGACGUACCAGAGUUAUUCUGGAGCGAGGCGAGUUUGGGAGGGUUGUAUGAAGCCGUACGAGAAUACAUGGAGAUCGGAGAACGCGUACAAGUGCUGAACGAGAAACUUGGAAUGGCGAGCGAAUUUCUUGAUGCCAUACACGAUCACUUGAACAACAAUGCGAUGGAGCGGAUAACGUGGAUUGUUAUUUGGCUGAUUGUGGUCGCGAUCCUAGUGGAGUUGGGCGAGGUGAUCGCGCGACUAGUCGUGCAUGCAACAAUGGGUGGAGAGAAGGCAGAACGAAUAGUAUUGCGGGGAGGAGGCGCGCUCAGAGCCCUCUUCAAGAUUGCAUCACACCGGUAGGUCAAGAGGUGGCGAUGGGUUGCGUUGGUUCCCGUAGGAUUCAAUCAGUGGCGGAUAGACUUGGAUCGUUCAUUGGGAUGGUAUGUAGUCACGAUAAUGUAAUUAUGAUUUAUGGGAAUAUCCCACUGGUCUUCAGUGAUAUCUUCGACCUAACAUAUUACAGCUCUUAGCUC